AUGAUAGACAUAGAGCCUUCUUCACAGUCGCUGUCGCAACUGCAAUUGACGAUCGAAGGCAUUCUCGGUACGUCAGCUAAGUCUCCAAGUAAUUUCGUAAUAGAAGGAAACCUAAUGGCAUACACUGCAAGUGGGGGAGUAGUUGUUUGCCAAUUGGAUUUACAGAACAAACGAAUAAUUUCCCAAAGAUUCUUUUGUGCUAAUACAAGUGGACUGAGUAAUACUAGUUCGACGCCAAGUUCGGCUAAUGCAUAUUUGAACAUGGCGUAUGCAGAAGUAUCAAAUCAAGAAGUCUCUGGCCCAACAGAAACGCUAAGGGAUUCAUAUGGGUUCCCUAUAAGUGCAGAGCCCAUGAUUAUUGCAAGAAAUGGUAUAAAUGUAAAUGGAGAUAAUAAAAAUAGUCCAAAAGGAACAGAUGCAAUUGACUUAUCUUCUCCAUCCAAGUUGAAGGAAAGAGUCCGGUCAAUAAACUGCUUAAGUCUCUCACCAAAUAAUAUGGUACUUGCUAUAGGAGAAACGGGUUAUCAACCAAGGAUUCUUCUAUUUUCUUUAGCACCCGAUCUGAAUAAUUCGCCAAUUGCAUUAAUUUAUGAGCAUUCGUUCGGUAUUAAUUCGAUAACGUUCUCCCCUGAUCUGAAAUACUUCUGUUCAUUAGGUCUUAUUAAUGACGGGUUCCUCAAUGUCUGGAAACUUGGCAGUAAUUCAGUUCAACUACAAGCAAGCAAUAGAUGCUCUUCGAUAAUCAACCAAGUUAUAUGGCAUGAAAACUUUAUUAUCACUUUGGGGUUAAGACUAAUUAAAGUGUGGAGAUUUGUCCAGGAUGUGCCGAACGAAAAUGAAAAAGUUCUACAGAAGCCAUCGGUGCUAAAAGGGAAAAGCGUCCUUCUUGGCCUGUUGAUCAAUUCCAACUUUAUAUCAGGUAACAUCCUCAACAACGAUGAAUUAUUAUUAAUUGCGAAUACUGAUCAAUUAUUGAUGCUAAAACUUACUUAUGAUAACCUUAAAUUAGUUUGUCUAGAAACUCCUAAAUUUCUGCUAAGAUGUUUAUUAGUGGACUAUGAGUUAGGAAAAGUUUGGAUAGGUUCAGACGAUUUCACCAUAAAGUCUUUAGACUUUUCAGAGUUGACUGCUACCGUUAUUCCUCCAUCUAGUCAAUCUCCAAUGAGUAAAAUCAACACGAUGUUUGGAACAACAUCUUUGAGUCCAACUAAAUAUGAAUUUAGGUCGAACCUGUCAAUAUUGAAAUUAUCUAAUUUUAAUACGGAAAACCUUGUUUAUUUGUCUGAAUCUGAAGAAAUAAUCAUCUAUAGCAAGACAAACCUCAAGGCAGAAAAAAGCUUGGUCAGCUCAUUAAUGAAAGAUUUAUCGGGGAUUAAGGAUACUUUCCUGAAUGAUUUAUUAGUAUUUUCCAAGAAUGGAUCAAUAAAGCAAGUGCUCGACUCCGAAGCAAACGAACAAGACAAUUUGAAGACCAUAAUUAAAUUUGAUUUACCGUCGAAUGAAUUAAUUUCCAAUUCAUUAACAGCCGUUGAUUCGAAUGGAGUGCAUUUGAUAUUGGGAGACAAAUAUGGGAAUAUAUAUAUAUCAAAACCUAAAACCAAUGGAUUGUACGAAGUUAUUUUCCAAACAAAAGCUCAUUCAUCUACAAUCAAUGAUAUAGUAUAUUUCAAAAUAGGCAACACAGAAUUUUUCUCGAGCAUUUCAAGAGAUAGGAUGAUUCAAGUUUUCUAUAGAGCAGAUGAUGAAGACUCAAAGUGGGAUAUACUACAGACCUUGCCGCUACAUACCGGUAACCUACUUAGAGUACUCUAUUAUGAUAGAAGGCUUUAUGUCUGUUCUUCAGAUAGAACAAUAUCGGUACAUAGAUUUGAAACAAAUGGAGAGGGGUUUAAGAUAUACCAAGACAAAGUAAUUUCCAUGAAGAAUAGUCCCAUUAAUAUGAAGAUUAUUAGCGAUGAUUUGAUCAUCAGUACAAACGACCGAAAUAUGCUUAUAUAUAGCAUUAAAGAAAAUUUGGAGUAUCAACGAUCAAUUAAAUUAUUUAACGAUAAAACAAAUGAAUCAUUGUUGGUGGAAAACUUUACCAUUUAUAAGAACUUGAUUAUUGUUGCAUCAUCCGAUAAAUCGAUAAGAGUUUUUAACUAUACUCUGGGAAAACCAUUAAGCGUCAGCUGGGGUCAUCUGGAUGCUAUAAUAAGCUUAAUAUUGAAACCAAAUACUAAUGAAUUGAUUUCUAUUAGUAUGGAUGGUUGUUUGUUUAGAUGGAAUCUAAACGAAUCUAGCACGAAAAAGUCAAUUUCCGCUUCUGAUUCAAACCCUUCAACGGCUAUCAAGUUUGAGUCGAUACCAUUAUACAGCAAAGUUACCAGAAAAAUUAUACAUACUCCAACCACUUCAGGAGUAAAUCAGAUUUCGCCAUUCAAGCCCCUGUUGGCCAGGUUAAAUUCUGAUCAUUCAGGCCCACAGGAAAUUGAAGCAGGCGAAACAGACACUAGUACAUCACCUACACCAACUUCAAGACUUUCUAAUGCUACAUUGAAGAGGAUAGAGGCAAAGAAAAAUGCCGGCGAAAAAACUAGCCCCGUGAGAUCUAAUUCAGUAAGGUCAGUAAAAGCAUCACCCGUUGUGAAAAAUUUGACUAAAUCCAAUACAUCAUUACUGCCACUUAAAAGUUCUCCUACUAGAUCUUAUUCAUCACCAAAUAACAAAAGAAUCAUAGAUUUGAAAGGAUCCCCAAGAAAGCCUUUGAACUCAACCUCGAUGAAUAUCCUUUCAUCGCCCGUCAAGCUCAAUGGUAAUAGAGAGGCCGAAUUCAUGGAAAGAUCCAUUGCCCACUUGGCAAUGAUUAAAUCGCAAAUCUUGAAGGAGGCGGUUUCUGCAAGUAACAAAGAGAUCCUCAAAAAAGAAAUUACUGAAAUAUCUAACAUACUAGAAGGCGAUAAUGCUCAGAUAGAUAAGGAAAAUCAAGUUGUAAACGGAUUUGUAAACUUAAGAAUUGACGAUAAUAAUAAAAUGCAUUACGAGGAAAAAUUAUUAGAAAACUAUAGUGAAAAACUAAUGCAGAUAUUCCAAGAAAAGAUAAAGGACAAGGACCUGAAUAGUAAAAAUGGCAUAUUUGCGAAUCUCUAUUCAUCUAAAACUUAUGAUAAUGACGUUGAUUGA